GAAGCGACACCGGGACCACACGCAAUACCACAGACAAGGGCUUAGAGUUAUCCACCUUUCAUACCUGCCACUAGGGGGCCAUGGGCUCCAGACUCCGGUCAUGUUUGGCAUCGUGUGUUGCGUUCAGGCCUGCCUGCGUCAGCAAGGGGGAACCAGAUGCCGAGAAAACUUGCACAGAUGAACCUGUAGAGGUGACAGCAACAUUGAAAGAGGGAGAGAUUGAUACAGUUGACAGUAAGACUUCCCCCGGAGAUGGAGAACAGGAUGUCGGCGACAAACCUGCACCGCCCAAGAAGACGCGCAAGCAGGAAAUAGAGGGCUAUGUGCAGUCGUUAGUACAUGCCGUGAAAUGUAAGGACCCUUCCUGCACUGUAACGGAUUGCCAGAGGAUACGAGAAGGCGUCAGACACAUGCAAACAUGCACCAAGAAGAUGAGUGGCGGAUGCACGACCUGUAAACAGUUAAUUGCUCUGUGCUGCCAUCAUGCCAAGAGCUGUCGUAGUGACGAUUGUCAGCUUCAGUUUUGUGUACAACUGAAAAAUAACUCGCGGAAAACGUGAUUACAAGGAAUAUUUAAUCUGCCGUUGCUACAACUGAAGUUGGAUGCAAUGUUUACAAAUCACCUUGGUCUUGAGAAACACUUUAAGGAUAAUUAUCAAUGAACAGUAAUUGUUCAAUCAGGUCUGGAUUUUAAAGAGUUUGGUUAAAGUAGAGUGCCAAUUGGGAUGUUUUGUUUUUUUAUAUACGAGUUAACAUCAUUGACAAAAGCACUAUUAAGGUAUGAUAUGUAUAUAUAUAAAAUAAUGAUCGAUCUCUUAUUUAUCCUCAAAUAAUCUCUACAAUGCGUGUUCCUUGGGAAUUGGAAGAUUGGAAGAUCUUCAGGAGUCUUCUACUUGAUAUUCUGGGCGAGGAGGGGCGAGGAAUCUGUUCACAAAAGACAUAUAAAAAUAAUUUGCCCUCAGUUUUUGCAAUGAAAAAUAGAAAAAAAUGAUUCCUUCACUGGAUAUGGUUGAUAUUUAGUAAUGUAAUUAAUUUGUUUUGAGUUACAGAUAAGAAUUAUACUUAUUUACUGACAAAAUGCUCCGUCUCAAACAAAUCGUCCAACCCAGAAUAUAACAUGGUCGUCUCUUUCCCUCGCCACGAAAGCGGCUUUAUUAUCAUGUUGUUUCUGUUUAUAGUUUAUAGUCAUCAUGGUUACAUGUAGAUCUGCUUUAUAGCCUGUCGAAUGCUCGCGUUGCUUCCUGUCUAGCCAGAUUGUCAGCUAUACCAAAUUUUGUUAUGUUCUAGGUUUUCUGUUAAUCUGUUUGACUGGCGAUAUUGUUCCCACACACAUGUACACAUCUCCAGUCACGACAACUGACGGCUGCUGUGGCAGAAAAGGGAUGUUUUACAUGUUGGUUAGCGUAUGACCAGUGAACCUAUUGCUUGUUUGAGCGCGCUGCUUUGAGAAAUAUAUGUAUAUUCUGUCAACACAAAUCCGAUCUUCCGAUGACAUUUCAAUUAAUUACAUGUAUUUCGAACAAAUGUUUUAUGGUACGGGCGCUCCUAUUGGUUGUUGGAAGGAUAGACUAACCAAUAGUUAGAUCCGAAUGUUGUGUUGUUUCUUACGAACAACGCGGCAGUGGAGGUUUAAAUUCAGGUAGCGAUUUAUUUCAACUCAUUUGGUAAGGGGAUCAUUCAGCUAAUGUAACUUUCAGUGAUAGGAUGUAGCUGUGGGGAUAUUUUUGGACGCUUCAAACGUGAAAGAUUUUAUGCGACGUCGUUAUGGUUUAGACACGAUGUUUAAUGGGAUGGAUGGAAUAAACCAUUUGGAAAUCCUGUCGCUGUGUGAUAUUUUACAUUUGUGAAGUAUUUCAAUAACGCUUCCAUCGGUGUUGACCAGAUAAUUACAACAAUUACGUCUUUUGACUGACAGAGACAUGUUUUAAAUGCUUUUUGUAUUUUAUUUAUACGUGUUACGAUGAUCAAUAAACUGUUGAUAAUAA